AUGUGAUGUAAAUGUUGUCGAGGUUGAUACCAAAACAUAUCCGAAGUAGCGUUUUUACUUCGUGAGUCGACGGAUGCCUUGUUUUUAUUUACCAGACGAACAGGAGAUGUUCGGCUGUAUUUAGGAGCUAAUAAUCAGCAGGUAAAGUUUUAACAGUGAACAUGGAGCUGCUCGCGCUGUUGUGUGUUUGUGCUCUGAUGCUGUGCAAGACAUCAGUCGUGUGUGCGGCGUUACCUGUCCCGCAGAACGUAACUCUUUGGACGCUCAACAUGAAUUACGUGCUGAAGUGGGACUGGGACACGGCUCAGGCACCGGACGACACUCGCAACGUUACCUUCACUGCUCAGUAUCUGGCGAUGUUUAAGCUGAAAAAGCCCAAAAACAAGCAGGACUGGAAACCUCUGUGUGAGUUGACGCCUGAGCACGUCUGUGAUUUUUCUUCAGUACAGCUGCAUUAUCUGGGCGUGUGGCUGCUUCGUCUCAGGGCUCAGAGCGGACAGAACGUCUCGCCCUGGGUCAAGAUCGAGUUCUGUCCAGACAGAGAUGCUGUCAUCGGGCCACCCUCUGCAGUUAACGUGACCCCUGUGAAAGGCUUGCUGCAGGUAGCGAUCUCCGACCCUCUGACCUUCACCAACAGCUCCAUGAAGGAUCAACUACCAGAUUUAAACUACAUUAUAGAGUACUGGAAAAAGAGCUCUUCAGCAGAGAUGGCUAAUAAUCUAACAAGUGCCAAUAAUCUGGUGAUUCUGCCUGGGCUGGAGAGCUGGACGUGGUACUGCGUGAGAGUGCAGUCUAAGGAAGAUUAUUACAAGAAGACCAGUGCUUUCAGUCCCACAUACUGCAUUCAGACAGACGGUCAGAUCCCCUACUGGCAGAUUGUUCUCUACUUCCUGCUGUCGCUGGGCGUCUGUUUCCUGGUGAUCCUGUCAUUCUUCAUGUUCACCUUCAGAGUGGUGAAGGUGAUCAAGGGCACCUUCUUUCCCUCGGUCCUGCUGCCUUCACACAUCCAGGAGUACCUUUUUGACUUGAACACCUCAGACAUGCCGCGCUUGCUGAGCACUGAGCCACUGGAGAUUUGCUAUGAUAGGCUGGAACUUCUGCCCCCUGACCCUGAGGUCACGGAGGUCCACGAGAUCAUCUUGGAGGUCCACCUGCCACCCGAGACCUCACAGCAAAGUCGCAGGACACACAGCCGACGCAGCAGCUGCGACUCCGGCGUUUAUUCCACAGAGGGCUCGGCUCCAAGGCAGAACGAGCUCGGAGAUGUGAAGGAGGAAAAACCUGAAAGGAAGAUACGAGCCGAGGAGUCAGACGAAGGAGUGCAAGAUAUUUGCGUCUAAUCUGGACGAAAUGAAAACUGCUGCUGUUUGUGCCGCAAUCUCUUCCUCACCUGCGUCCUGCAGAGACGUAAAAAAAAGGCUCGAUAACAAACUUUGUUAGACUAGAAGUAUGGAAAGAGCUGAUGUCUCAGCAGGCCUGUGGAGAACAAGCUAUAAACUUGUAAGAGAAGCCAGUUUAUAUCAUUUGCAUUUUUUCCAGUAAUUGUUCAUUAUAAAUGUACAGCACAUUACUAAGGUAAAAGGAGGAUGUGAAAAUGACACAUGUCAGAAAAAUGGCAUUAUAAAUUUAUAAUGUGAAGAACAGAAGAGUUUGCUGGUUAAAAACAGUUAUAUUUCUUGGAGCCAGGAUGUCAUAAACUGGCACAUUGUCAUAAACUCUUACUUGUCUUACUUUUUACAAAAAUAUAGGGUCUUU